AUGGCGAUCAUCAGGGAAGGGAGUGUGCUGGCGGGGAGGGGCCUAGGGGCCCGCGCCUGGGAUGGGAGUCCCGGGCCUGAGGUCGGAGGUCGGGGCUGGGCUCCCGGGGGCGCCGCCAGCCGGACCGGCAACGCUGUUUGUCUUUUUAGGUAUCUAAAGGAGUUUAGGACAGAGCAGUGCGCCCUGUUUUUGCAGCACAAGUGCGCCCAGCACAGGCCAUUUACCUGUUUCCAUUGGCAUUUCCUAAAUCAGCGUCGGCGCAGACCGCUACGCAGGCGCGAUGGCACCUUCAACUACAGCCCCGACGUGUACUGCGCCAAGUACGACGAGGCCGCCGGCGUGUGCCCCGACGGCGACGAGUGCCCGUACCUGCACCGCACGACGGGGGACACGGAGCGCAAGUACCACCUGCGCUACUACAAGACGGGGACCUGCAUCCACGAGACGGAUGCCCGGGGCCACUGCGCCAAGAACGGGCUGCACUGCGCCUUUGCGCACGGGCCCCUGGACCUGCGGCCACCCGUGUGUGACGUCCGGGAGCUGCAGGCCCAGGAGGCCCUACAGAACGGCCAGCUCAGUGGCGGGGACAGCCUUCCGGAUCUGCAGCCCGGGGUCCUCGCCAGCCAGGCCAUGAUCGAGAAGAUCCUGGCCGAGGACCCGCGGUGGCAAGACACCAACUUCGUGUUGGGCAGCUACAAGACAGAGCAGUGCCCGAAGCCACCGCGCCUCUGCCGCCAGGGCUACGCGUGCCCGCACUACCACAACAGCCGCGACAGGAGACGGAACCCCCGCAGGCUCCAGUACAGGUCCACGCCCUGCCCCAGCGUGAAGCACGGAGACGAGUGGGGCGAGCCCUCGAGGUGCGCCAGUGGGGACAGCUGCCAGUACUGCCACUCCCGCACUGAGCAGCAGUUCCACCCCGAGAUCUACAAAUCGACAAAAUGCAACGACAUGCGCCAAAGCGGCUACUGCCCCCGGGGCCCCUUCUGUGCCUUCGCACAUGUGGAAAAGAGCAUUGGAAUCUCAAGUGACUGGGGCUGCCGCGAUCCCAGCUCCACCAACAGCCCCGUGGCCAGCAGCGGCCCGCCGGGAAACGUAAAGCGGAGAGAUUCGCCCACGGAAGGCGGCCAGAAGGCCAGCGAGCACAGCGGGAAGCAGAACCACCUCACUGUGCUCGCUGUGGUCCGCCCGCUCGCCUCCAGCGUGGGCUCCAGCGUGACCUCGAGCCUGGCCUCCAGCACUGGCUCCAGGGGCUCCUCCCCGACGGUGCUGUCCGCCCUGGACGCCCGUGCCCUCCUGCUCGACCCCACGAGCAACACGGUCGAGUCGGUCCUCGGUUCGGCUUUAGACGUCCACCUUAGCGACAUAAACAUUGCAUCCCUGGAGAGAGACCUAGAAGACCGAGAGAAGAGUGAACUUGGGCCGACAAGUCAGAGGCUGCUGGGGGGCUCGGCGCCGGUCGCUAUCCCAGGCCCCUUGACACGCUCGCCGUCCCUGCACUCGUCCUCGUCCUUGUCCACCUCCCCGCUCAGCUCGCUCUCCCAGUCCCUGUCGGGGCCACUGGUCUCCUCAGCCAUGACACCCCCCCAGCAGCCCCCGCCACCCCCGAAGUCAGAGCCUGGGGCCCUGGGCUCCUCAGCUUCCUCAUACAGCUCCUUAGGCUUAAAUGGCGUCCCCGGGAGCAUCUGGGACUUCGUUUCCGGCAGCUUCUCCCCCAGUCCCUCCCCCAUCCUGGCUGCCGGGUCCACCUCCUCCAGCGGGAGCCCGAGCGGUGCGGAGCUGGCACGUGUCCGGCGGCAGCUCGACGAGGCCAAGCGCAGGAUCCGGCAGUGGGAGGAGUCCUGGCAGCAGGUGAAGCAGGCCUGUGAUGCGUGGCAGCGGGAGGCCCAGGAGGCGAAGGAGCGGGCGCGGGUGGCUGACAGCGACCGGCAGCUGGCGCUGCAGCGGAAGGAGGAGGUGGAGGCACGGUGCCGGCAGCUGCAGGAGGAGCUGGAGGGCCUGGGGCUGGCGGCCGCGCUGCCCGUGCUGAGGAGCUGUGGCGACCUGGACACGGCGCCCCUGCCCACGCUGCACUCCCUGCAGAGCAGGCUGCGCCUGGGCCUGGAGGCCAUCGAUGGGGUCAUCAUCCAGCUGCACGCAAAGCAGUGCCUGGCAUGCCGGGAACGGGCCCGUGGCGCCGUCCCACGACCCUGUCCGCACCGCGUCCUCUGCGAGCCGUGUGCCGCCAGCGCGCCUGCCUGCCCCUACUGCAAGGGCCAGCCCGUACAGUGGUGACCCACCUCCUGGAGCCCAACCGACGUCGGAAUGCGGCCGUGAGUGCGCCGACGACCCCUGCCGUGACGCCCCUGGGCGUUACUUACACCAGCGGUCUCGUGGUGUUCCCCCAAAACCUUCAGGUGUUCCCGCAGGUGGGCUCACCGUCUGGGGUGUGGCGCGCCUUCCCUCGGCUGCUGAGCGUGCGGUGGGCGCUGCAGUGCCGCCAGGGUUUGCAGUCAUCCGACACUGCUGUUGGCCAGAUCGCUAGGAGUCUUGAGUCUCGUACAAGCACUUUGUAAACUGAGGAGUUUAGUUAGAUGUUAAAAAUUGCUAUAAGCUGCUUUGUAGAUUUAUGGUUUUUUUUUCCUUUAAAUAUGCGAUAAUACGAAGCUUUCUAUGUGUACUGUGAACUUAAGAUGUUUCCUAUCAGUUGGCUUAUUCAUGGUAUGGUAAAUAGGUUAGAUUUCAUCUUCGGAAACUAGUACUUACCAGAUGAGCAUCUAUCUAGUAGUGAGAAAUGCUAGGGUUUUUAGUUUUCAAACUGAGUGCAAGCGGUAUUUAUAAGCAGAGGACGAUUACUGAGGACACGCAUACACUUAGGUGUGUGACUUACGGAAGGACUCGUUCUCGUGUGUGUACGCGCACGCCUGCUGGCGUUCUCUGCCCAGCACGUGACCUGGUGUCGCGACAGCUCUCGUGCAGCUACAUGAGCCGAGGCCAAUCCUUCCAAGUGCCUGUGCCUUGCAAAAGUGAACAAGUCACUGGCUUUGUUUUCUUCCUUGAAAAUAAGGCUUAGAUCCUGAUAGAAGCUCAGGCAGCAGAAGGAUCGGGUGCUGGCAUUUCAGUUUUCAGAAGCAGCUGUGUCUGAGCACACAGGUCCUCAGACCGGUCACAGGCAGCGGUGCUGUGUAACUACAGGGGGCCACGCUGAGGGUGCGUGGCCACCGUCCCCCAAUCUGUGUGCAGCUGUUAUGAUCACAAGCUUAUGUGUGACUGGCAAGGUGUCUGCAGAGAGAGGGCCCAGCCUGCCACCCUGCAGCCGGGAGGAGGGGCUGCCUCAGACUGUCGGCUGAGAGCGUGUGUAGGGGGGGUGACUUGAAAUCUUCUCUGGUCUAGAUUGGGACGUUUUCCCUAGAAACCUGGAAUAAGUGAAAGAUGUCUGUGGUUUACCCUGGCUUUCCACGGUUCUCCUGAGAAAACCUCAGAAUCUGCCUGGGGUAGUGAGCACAGGUACCAGCCCCCGUGGCCGCCGAGUGACCGCUGACACAUCUCUGCCCGCCCCCCGGCUUUGCCAAAGACUUUUAAUAGCAUUUUUUUUAAAGUGCAAAGUGACUAGGUAAGAAUUUUUAUCAGUGACCAAAUGAGAAUGUAUUUAAUAUAGUAAGACGUUUCAAAACCUUUUCUAAUG